UGAACCCGGGGGAGCACAAAAGGCACAGGAUGUCCAAUACCACAGUACUCUCCAAUAUAGUCCGUUCAAAACACAGGCUCCAGCGACCCUGGGAGAUUCAGGUGAAGAAAGACAGGCCACAUAAGGUGUAAACCCUUUGUGGUCCUAGGCCAAAAGGUGUGGUGAAGAACAUUGCUUUAGGGAACACCUGCCAUGGCUGUGGGUAUGACGGCCAGACCCUUCAACCUCUAUUAAUUCCGUCUUGAGAGGAAACUCAAAUCAUAAUGGCUGCUGAGUACAUCCUAUGCAAUUGGAAAGGCCACAUUUGGCCAGCAAAGGUUUUGUCCAGAUCUGGGAUCUCACCAAAAUAUAUGAGGAAAAGAGCACUUUCUCUAGAAGUUCAAAUACUCUCAGUAGGUAAAAAAAUUAAAGUGAAAAGCACAGACAUAAAGCUCCUAAGUGAGUCUCAAAUUGAAUCCAUUACCUCCUUGCUAGUGGCCCAGUCAAAGGCCAGUGUUCCACCAGGACAGAAAGUGGCCUACAGAAAUGCUCUUAAAGUGGCACUGGAGAUCCUGAAUAAGAGAGCAAAUUUCGGUCCAGCAAGAGCAUCAGAUGGUCUAGAGACCACUACACCAUCUCAAAGGGGACCACAAAUGCAAGCUCGUAAAAAGUACCAGAAGCCUAAAGGUACCUUACUGAGGAGUCUUAGGAAAAGAAAAAACCUCAAAUCGCUGCUGGUGUGUUCACAGAAUAAAAACGCCCCAGACAGUGGCCGAUCACAGGCGCACACAACCAUCACGCAUACACUAAGGGAAAGGCGAGCAAAGUCCUCGCAAAGCUGCAGCAUGUGCUCAAAGUUCCCAUCACUUUCGGAAGAUGAUCAUAAGACAGGAGGCCGACCACACGCACACACAAUGGCCACGUGUACUCUAAGGGAAAGGCGAGCAAAGUCCUCGCGAAGCUGCAGCGUGUGCUCAAAGUUCUCAUCACUUUCGGAAGAUGUUCAUAAGACAGGAGGUCAACCACACGCACACGCAACGGUCACGUGUACUCUAAGGGAAAGGCGAGCAAAGUCCUCGCGAAGCUGCAGCGUGUGCUCAAAGUUCUCAUCACUUUCGGAAGAUGUUCAUAAGACAGGAGGCCGACCACACGUGCACACAACGGUCACGCGCACUCUAAGGGAAAGGCGAGCAAAGUCCUCGCGAAGCUGCAGCGUGUGCUCAAAGUUCUCAUCACUUUCAGAACAUGAUCAUAAGACAGGAGGUCAACCACACGUGCACACAACGGACACGCGCACUCUAAGGGAAAGGCGAGCAAAGUCCUGGCGAAGCUGCAGCGUGUGCUCAAAGUUUCCAUCACUUUCAGAAGAUGAUCAUAAGACAGGAGGCCGACCACACGCGCACACAACGGUCACGCGUACACUAAGGGAAAGGCGAGCAAAGUCCUCGCGAAGCUGCAGCGUGUGCUCAAAGUUUCCAUCACUUUCAGAAGAUGAUCAUAAGACAGGAGGCCGACCACACGCGCACACAACGGUCACGCGCACUCUAAGGGAAAGGCGAGCAAAGUCCUCUCGAAGCUGCAGCGUGUCCUCAAAGUUCUCAUCACUUUCAGAACAUGAUCAUAAGACAGGAGGUCAACCACACGUGCACACAACGGUCACGCGCACUCUAAGGGAAAGACGAGCAAAGUCCUGGCGAAGCUGCAGCGGAAAGGCGAGCAAAGUCCUCGCGAAGCUGCAGCGUGUGCUCAAAGUUCUCAUCACUUCCGAAAGAUGA